CCAACAUAUAAAAAGUUACGGAUAUGAAAUUAAUAGAAUAAAAAACGUAAGGAAAGAGGUUAAAUAUGAGCAACAGGUCCUAAAAGAAAUCAGGAAACGAGUAAACAGUUUUGAGAGCUCGGAUAGAAAAACUCGAGGAUCUGAAUGACUGAUGGACAUAAAUACUUGUGUGGACUAAUGUGACGAUAUAACUGAAGGAUCUCUGGAACCGUACAGCUUUAGUAGUAACUAUCAUGGGUGAAAGUUGAGCGUCUAGAGGGAGUCUGCUUGUUUGUGUACACGUACCCAAUAUCUGUGAAUUGUCUUUACUCAUGUUUUCUUAUGUGGUACCAUAGAGUCCAAUGGCGGAGUUGAAACCUGUCUCAGACACUCAUUCAAUACUGGAAUCUAUGCUUCAGAAAUUACGACUGAAUGCUCAUACCAACAGUAGCUCAGUCACUGAUAUGCAAACAUGCAGUCCAUCUGGAGAAUGUAAUGCUGGACCAUUGGAAGAUUCAUCUAAAACAACAGUUUAUCAGUUUGGGUUUGGUUCCAAUGUUAAAGAGCCAGAUGGAAGCACCUCAGUCUCCAAUAAGUGGGAGAAUCCUUGGACUCAACAAUCCUCUCAUUGUGAGGAUGCAUUGACUCCUGUUGCUAAACAACCGGUCAGAAGGAUCAGUAAAAACAACUCGGGAUUCUCUGGUAAACCUAAACGUCCACCGUUGAUUUGGGGGGAAUCAGACGAUCAGAUGCCUGGGCCGGAGAAGAAGCAAACGUUUUCCAACUCAAAAUUGCCAUCGUUAUACAAUACAGAAUCCUUCCAAAACCCUCCUGAUCUUUUAGCUCCAACGCUAACAACAUCAUCUACACUGUUGGGAAAACCAGAGGUCAGAGGUCAAAGUGGCACAUGGAGUUGGGGUGCUGCAAUUGAGAGAAACGAAAGCCCCAGAUUUCAUGAGCAAUCAGUAAAAACAACAAAGACAAGUAGGAGGAAGUGGGGGGACGCUAAAAGGUGGGCUCAGAAUGUGAAAGAGAGAUGGAGAGAGAGACACAGAACCACACAGACCAGACAAAGACAUGAUGGAGAAAGACAAGCACAGAAUGAAGUACAAAGUUAUCGCUCUUCGUUAUUGGUGCCCAUCAAUGUGAAUGAAGCUCCUACAUCACCCACUGAGACCACCGAUAUCCAUCAUGAAGAGAUCAGCACAGCGCUGGAUGAAGAUGGCCCUGGUUCACUCAGCUACAUGAGUGAAAGUCUGUUCUCAUUUGGCACUACUUCUAAUUUAAUGGAGGAGAUCUUCAGCGGGACGGAGUGGGCUCAGUUUCUCUCAGUUAACAGCUCCAAAAUGCACCAGUCUAAAGAGUUACCAAAUACUAAUAACCGAUCAAGUGAAGAAGAACUGCAAAGUAAAUGGACUCACGAAGGCACACCAGAUUACCAAUUAGAUUCGACUCAGCUUUCACUUUCAGAGAGCUUUGCACAAGACAUGGCCUCCGAUAAACAAACCGAGACGUCUCAAAUGAGUGUUACUUAUCUCCCCACAAAUCCUUCACAAACAGACCCGUUUACAAACCAGUCACAAAACACCAAUCUGAACCCCAACGAAUCUCACAAUGGUGAGCAAUCAUAUGGACAGUCACAUUUUUCCCAGCUUGAUCCAAAUGAAUCAAAAGCAACAUAUAGUCAAGUGUCCGACCCCAGCCAUAACCUGCCACAAGGUGGGACGGAGGAUUUUAUACCCCUCAUUGACCUUUCAUACGCUAAGUCAAUAAAAAGAUCAUCUGUAACAUCCCGUGGAUCUCUGAGCCGGAAAAGAGAGCACUGGACAAAGAGCAGGGAUUCGUUUGAACACACAACACAAGAGAUGGAGGAGGAGGAGAACGGUGGCUCUUUCACAGCCGCACAGCUGUCUUCAAACUCCCUCCGCAGCCCUUCACCAGCGUCUUCACUCGACUCAAUGAACUCAAUCUCUCAAGACUCAGAGACCUCUGAAACUUUGGAGACUGCAAACAAAAAGAGGAGGAUGGAAGACACUCGACGCGUUCGGUUCUCUGAGGAGGUUAUCAUCUUACCGCCCACCUACUGGCCAGAGUCCGAUGAUGAUGAUGAAGAUGAUGAUGAAGAAGACGAAGAAGAAGAAAAUGAUGAUAAUGAUUUGCAGGAAGAACCUUCUCCCCGUCAUUCUUUCCCUAAGUGGAUUGUGUCUCUAAAACCCAAAAGUGGAAAGUACAAAUUUUAAAUCUCUUCUCAUCCGACUCCACCUCUGAAAUUCUGCAGCUCACAUAAACUGAAGACUGUAUUUCCUGAGGCAAGAGCGACACGGCACACAUAAUCGACAAUUAUCAUUAUUACAUUCUGAAAAGAAAUCUUUUUAAUGAGACUGUGAUUUGCCAGCAUCAAUUUGACAUGUCAUUACAUUAAGUUAAUUUUUUAAAUAAAAAUGAAGGAAAAUUUAAUAACAAAUAACAAUAGAAAUAUUUAACUAAGAUGUUGUGCAGUUUAUUUUCUAAGGUAACAAAACGUACAAUCUCAGUCAAAGUAAAUAAAGUCAACAGUAUGAAAAUCAAGACUAUUUAGACAAUGAAUUCACAUUAAACACACAAAAUAUCCAUCUAUACUUUUAGCUUCUGAAAGGAAUCGUGUAUAUACUCACACACUCUCUUUCUUUAUUUUACAUGCUCAACAAUUAUGUAUUACUUAAUGAAUUAAUUACUGUUCUUUGUAAAUUGAAUGUACGGUAGCUUAAUUACUGUUUGUAUAUAUUCACUGUCAGUCAAAGCUUUGACUUAAACUCUUAAUUGUUAUCUAAGAAAGCUUUAAAUUAAAAUUUUAGCAUACAAAUAUUCAUUAAAAUGUGAUCAUUUGUGAAUUUCUUGAGAAAAUGAGAUGUAUAGACCACAUGGAAAGCAGUGCCCAGCAUAUAUGGAAACGAUAUGAGAUAAUACGAUAUUUAAUAUUUUUGUUUACUAUGUAACUAUUGUACUUACAUUUGUGUUAUUUCAAAGUUGUGUUAAUUCAAAGAUAAUAAUAAUGAUGACCAGGUGUGUACAGACUUUUGACUGUAGAUGUGUGUCUUCUCAGGGUUUGUGGUUGACUGAAAAAAGCCUUUAUUUAAAUUAGUUUUAUCAAACCAAGCCCUAAAUGUUCACAGACUAUGAUUUGUAUACUGUUACUUGACUGUUACUGUAUACUGUUGCAUAAAAUCACAAAUCCAGAAGUAGGAAUAUUAAAGUCUCAUUGGUUUGAAGGGC